AGCGGCGGCGGAGGCGGCGGCGAGCCGCGCACCGAAAGGGCGCCCACCUCCCCAGGCGAGCUGCAGCACGACCGCUUCCCGCGGGCGGCCGGGGUCCGCGCCGCAGCUGCCGCCGCGCUCCGGCCCAGGCUGCCGCGAGAGGGAGCGGCGGCGGCGGCGGCGGCGGCUCCGGCCGCGGCCGGCCUGCGGCGCCCCCCGGCCGCGCCCCCGCGCGCAGCUCGCGGCCCUGGCCAUGGGGCUGGGCGGAUCCGGGGCUCGGCCGAGCUGAGGCGGCGGCGCUUGGCCGUGCGCCCUGCUGGCAGGCGCCUGGCUCUCACGAUGAUGAAGAAGAAGAAGUUUAAGUUUAAGGUGGACUUCGAGCUCGAGGAGCUCUCCUCGGUGCCCUUCGUCAACGGGGUCCUCUUCUGCAAGAUGCGGCUGCUGGACGGCGGCAGCUUCACCGCCGAGUCCUCCAGGGAGGUGGUACAAGCAAACUGUGUUCACUGGAGAAAGAAGUUCUCGUUUAUGUGCAAAAUGAGUGCAAGUGCUGCCACAGGAAUCCUAGAUCCUUGUAUCUACAGAGUAUCAGUGAGGAAGGAAUUAAAAGGUGGAAAAGCUUAUGCAAAGCUGGGCUUUGCAGAUCUAAACCUGGCAGAGUUUGCUGGAUCAGGAAAUACCACUCGCCGCUGUUUACUGGAAGGCUAUGAUACCAAAAAUACAAGACAGGAUAAUUCCAUUCUUAAAGUUUUGAUCAGUAUGCAACUGAUGUCUGGUGAUCCAUGUUUUAAAACGCCUCCCUCCACAUCAAUGUCUAUACCAAUUGCUGGUGAAUCUGAAUCUUUGCAAGAAGAUAGAAAAGGUGGAGAGACUCUCAAAGUGCAUCUUGGAAUAGCAGAUCUUUCAGCAAAGAGUGCCUCUGUUCCAGAUGAACUUGGUGCCUGUGGACAUUCGAGAACAUCAAGCUAUGCAAGCCAGCAGUCAAAAGUAUCAGGGUAUAGCACGUGUCACUCCCGGUCAUCUAGUUUCUCUGAGCUCUGCCACAGGAGAAAUACCUCAGUGGGAAGCACAUCAACAGGAGUUGAAAGUAUUCUAGAGCCAUGUGAUGAAAUUGAGCAGAAAAUCCCUGAGCCAAAUCUUGAUGCAGCUGAUAAAGAAGAGACAACUUUGGAAAAACUCAACAGAUGCCCAGUGAAACAAGAUUCCGUAGAAUCUCAGCUGAAGCGAGUUGAUGACACCAGGGUGGAUGCAGAUGAUAUUGUGGAGAAAAUAUUACAAAGUCAAGACUUCAGCCUAGAUUCCAGUGCAGAAGAAGAAGGACUAAGGUUAUUUGUGGGUCCUGGGGGAAGUACAACCUUUGGCAGUCAUCAUCUUCCAAAUAGGGUGGGGUCUGGAGCUUAUGAACAAGUUGUGAUCAAACGCUAGAAGUCAAGCCGGUGAAAACAUUUCCCUGUGGAUUUAAGAUGUAAGUAGUUGAUGUAUCAAGGCAUUUUAUUCAAGCACUUAAUAGAAAAUGAACCUCAGCUCUCAAGAGGAAAGCCACUGCUGAUUUCUUCUCUGGAAGGACCCACCGCCAUCCUGUACCAGCCACCAAAGGGGAACAUUUGCAUGGCAGUUUCCAGGCACCGUGCUGCUGUGUGCCUUGGAAGCACCAGGCUUCUGUGGUCACUGCACUUAAUAAUAAAGAGCCUGCUUUUUCUUUCAGAACACCCCAGUGGAGAAAACAGCAUUAUACACAUCAAAGUAUAAUUUUAGGAUUCAAAUGUAAAAAUCUGUGAUAAAGGUGCUCAAUAGAUUUGGGCUUAUUUGAGUUUUUUUAGUUUUAUGUUUGAGAGACAGUACAUGAAUAUAACUUAAACCCUAUAGAUUUUGUCAAGAUAGUUAUAAUUCCUGUUCAGGAAAUUUUCCCUAUUAUAUUACCUACAGCAUUGUAUAAAGCGUGGGUGUUCAUGCUUUGGGAAAAUGCUAGACUACAAUUUAAACAUGUAAAGUGCUUAUUCAUAAUUCUAAAUGUACCUGUCAUAAAUGAAAUGAUAAGUGCAUUUAAGUCUGAGAAGUGAAUGGAUGUAAUGCCGUUGUUAUGCAGUAUAUAUUGUCAAUUGUCAUUAAUAUUAGAUGAGCUGCAGAACCAUCCCCCAAGCACUACAUAAAAGAUUCAAAAUAAGUUUAACACUCACUGUGUUGGGCUACCAUAGGCACCCUAACAGAAGAGCUAUCUUAACUCACUGAAGUUUAAGAUCUGCUGGUUUCAGGAGUCAAAAUAUAGAAAAAGAGGAAAAUUGUGAUAUGGUCAGAAACAGGGAAGCCUUUUCUAUGUAAAUGCAGACUUACCUGAGGCUGAAAGUUUUCCAAAGUGGUGGUGGGUAGCAGCAUGACAGCUGCUGGCCGUGACUGAUGCGAACUGGCAGGUUUCCAUUUCGUAGGUACUGUUUUCUUCUCUACUGUGUGAAAAGCGAGUGGUUUUGAGGCAAGAGUAGAAUAUAACAUACAUCAAAUAUAGCUUUUAAAAUAAGAAUACCUGGUCUGGUUCCAGUUGAGCAGCACAGCAGAUAAACUUUAGAGUUUUUCUGUUCUUACAUGACAGUUUCCAUGUGGAAAGAUCUAAACUUUCUUGGAAUCAUUAUUAGUGAAGAAGAAUAUAUAUAAUCUGUAUAACCAGUAAUUCUCCAAUUCUUACUUUCAAAAUCAUAUACAAGAAUGGUAAUAUGUCAGAAUAGAAUGACUUUGGUCUAGGUGUUUUCACAUUG